AUGACCACCGGCCGCGGCCACCGCGUUUCGCCGGCGGUUGCGGCGGCGCCGCUGGAGGACGACAACGUCCUCAGCGAGGUCCUCGUCCGCCUCUCCCCGGAGCUAUCCUCCCUCCCGCUCGCAUCGCUUGUCUGCAAGCCGUGGGGUCGCCUCGCCGCCUCCGCCUCCUUCCGGCGCCGCUGGCGCGACCACCACGGGAGACCCCCGGUCCUAGGCGUCUUCGAUAAGCACCUGACCUCUCUCAAGUUCAUCCCUGCAGUCCGCAGCAUCCCCGCGGAGCGCUUCUCCAUCCAGGUCUGCACCGGGUGGGACACCUGGCGCGUGCUCGGGUGCCGCCAGGGCCGCGUCCUCAUCAUGAACUGGACGCUGCGCGAGUUCCUCAUCUGCGACCCUAUCUCCGGUGACUGCCACCGCGUGUCAUUCCCACCGGAUCUGGUCGACGGCGGGCAAAGCGCCAACGGAGCUCUGCUCUCCGACGGCGAGCAGCUGGUCCUGGUAGAUGAGGCCCGCGCCAGAGUUGAGGCCCGCGUCUACUCCUUUGCGACCGGCACAUGGGGAGACAUCAUCUCCACUGCUGAGCCAUGUCAUCUUACCAGUGUCCCCGUCACCGUGGUCGGCAGCCGCCUCUACUGUUGGCUGACAAAGCCUCCGUAUAGCUUUCUAGAGUUAAAUCUGGAAAGCCAGAGCCUAGCUCUGAUUACAAGCCCUCCCCGUGCGAAUAUCAGCACCUGCAACAGCCAGAUCAUCCCAGGGGAGGAUGGCACUGUUGGCCUCACCAUAUUGUUGUACCCUACCAUCGAAAUGUGGAACCGCAACAUCGAUUCUCACGGUGUUGCGACAUGGGUGCUGCGCAAGACCGUUGUCAUGGACAACUUCGUUGAUCUGACAUCUUCGUGGGCGGCUUGGGACUCACUACUUAUCGGGUAUGCCGAGGAUGCUAAUGCGAUUCUUAUAUCAGUGUUCAAAGGGACGUGCAUCCGUGUCUUUACAGUCCAACUUGAGACAAUGCAAUGCAACAGGCUUCAUGGACACCUUCUCCAAAAUUUCUAUUAUCCAUUCGCCAGUUUCUAUAACGCAGGCCCAUCGGCGCGACGAAUUCUUGCUCCUGUGAACAAUGAUGGGGAUGCUGGUGGAGCAGAAGCGUAA